CCCGCGAUGGCGGGCGCGGGCGGGAGGAGCUGGCGGCACCUGCUCGGGAGAGGCAGGAAGAGGAGAAGCCCCUUUGGGAGCGCAGAGGAGCUCCAGGGAGCGGCUCUGCGGCUGCUGGAUCAGCACCAGAACCUGGCUGACCUCCUCCUGGAGGUGGGAGAUUCAGCCGAGCCAGGUGUGCAGGAUGGGGCAGAGCAUCGGGGAGUGUCACCAGAGUCAUUUCUAGCCUCUGUUCUGCAGGAGCAGGCCUCAAAACUGGGGGUGCCCACAGCGACCUUGGCAGCCAAAAAUGCCGUUGCCAACGUGGAGCGGAUCUGCCAGGAUUCUGCCAGCCCCUCAAGAGCCCCGCUGCUGAACUCUGACCAGAGAAAGAGGUUGACCUGCUUGCUUCAGACUGUGAAGGAUUUGCUGGCAAACAACAUGUUCUGUCGCUCCCUCUUCUGCCAGGAAAUGUGGAAAAUGAAGGAGCCCCCGGUGCUGGAGGCCGUGUGGCAGCUGCACAGCGGUGACAUCGCGGGCCUGGCCGAGCUGCUGGAGAGGAGCCCAGCAGGCCCAGCAGCAGUGGAGUGGCUCUGCAGCAGCCUCCGUGGCCUCUGUGAGCAGGCUGGGGACAUCUCCUGUGGGGACACGGAGCUGGCACAGAGAAUUCUCUCAGACUUUGCCAUCGUGUUCCUUCAGAAUGGCUUUGAGCAGGCUUCGGAGCUGGGAAGGAAGGUGGAAUUCCAGAAGGUUGCCUACAUCUGCCGUGCUGUCUUACAGAGAAUGCUGGCGUGGGUGCUUGAUGCUGUUGGUAAAGAGAAGCAGGAAGAUGUUUCCAUGGUGCAAGCUGUGAGGUUCUGGCUGAAUGUGUUCAACGUGUCCCUGUAUGGAAGCGUGGCUCACCCGGAUUCCUUGAGGCAGUUUUUCAGGCACACCCUCACCGAGGUUCUCACCUACAACCCCGUGCUGAAAGUGUCUGAUGCCAUCCAGAAGCAGAAGGAGUGGAGCUUUGCCAGGACUUCUCCCCUGCUUACGGCUCUGUAUCGCAAGCUGUUGGUGGCAUUCAGUGUGAAGGAAUCCAUCUGCCAGCUGCAGCAGGUCCUGGAGACCCACGAGGUGAACUGGCAGCACGUCCUGUCCUGUGUGUCCACGCUGGUGGUGUGCCAGGCUGAGGCUGAGCAGCUCUUCAAGGAUCUUCUGAGCCAUCUCCUGCUAAAGGCCUUUGGGAAUUAUGACAUGGAAAAUAUGAUCACUGCGUUCCUGCUGGCUCGUCAGGCUGCUCUGGAGGGCCCUGCUGUCUUCAUGCCUUACUCUGAGUGGUUUAAGGCUUCCUUUGGGAAUGCUGGUGGCCACCACGGGAGCAGUAAGAAAUCUCUGGUCUUCCUCUUGGAGUUCCUGUCAGAGCUGGUGCCCUUUGAAGCUGCGCCCUACCUGAAGGUGCACAUCAUGUUCCCACCCUUUGUGCCCAGCAAGCACCGCUCCCUGCUCCUGGAGUACAUCACCCUGGCCAAAACCCGCCUGGCCGACCUCAAGGUGGCCAUAGAGGACAUGGGGCUCUAUGAAGACCUCUCUGCCCCCGAGGAGGCCUUGCAGCCCCAGGCCCAGGCUCUCCGUGAUGUUGAAAAGGCCCUUCAGAUAUUUGAAAACACCAGGAAGAUCCCAACCUCUGUGAUAGAAGCCAGCAUUUUCAGACGACCAUAUUACACUUCCUGGUUCCUUCCAGCUCUGCUCAGGCCCCGUGUGCUCCCUAAAACCCCAGAUGGGCGCAUGGCUUUUAUAGACUCCUUAAAGAGAGCUGACAAAAUACCUUCAAACUUGUACUCCACAUACCUGCAAGCCUGUCAUGCCAUGAAAGAGAAGGUGUCGCAAGAUGACUCCAAGGCAGAGCCCAGCCAUCCCAAAGAGCCUUUGGAGCAGCUGAAGGCUGAACUGGCUGAGCUCAGGACUCUGGUUGUGGACCAGGCUCAGUGGGAAGAGGUGGCAGCUCAGCUGGCCGUGGUUUCAGCCGGGCUCCGCGGUGUCCUGGGGGACAGCAGCGAGGAGAAUGAGGCUGCUCCUUCCAAUUCCCCCGUCCAGGUGGCUGUCCCUGCCCCCGGGCUGGCACCCUGCCCCCAGAGCGUUGUUGAUCUGCUGCUGACAUCAUUCUGCCAAACCCUGCUAGCUGCUUCCUCUUUCAACCCUCCUGACAGGCAGGGCCCGUGCCUCUCCCUGCUGGUGAAGAUGAUGUGUGGCCACAGGAAUCUCCUGCCUGCACUCCUGGCCAGGCUCUGCCAGCUCAUUUAUCACCAGGGUCCUUCCCUCGGUGCUGCUCACAUUUUAGGCCUGGCAGCUUUUGUGAUCCACUUAAGUGAAUGCAGAGCUUUAAUUCCUGGAGUGGAAGCCAAUUUUGGGGGCUCUCAGGCUGUUCCUGGGAAGGCCCUUUCUGUUUCAGAGUACUGGAGCUCCUUGCUGGUGUGCAGGACUCAAGAGUCAUUUGCCUUCUGCUUGAGGUGAGAUGGGGCAUCCGCCCCCUCCCUGCUGCCCCAGGUUUUUGGG